GUUGAGCCCAAGCGGCGGCAGCAGCAGCCAUGGCAGGGGCGCUGGUGCGGAAAGCGGCCGACUAUCUCCGGAGCAAGGAUUUCCGGGACUACUUGAUGAGUACGUACUUUUGGGGACCAGUAGCCAACUGGGGACUCCCAAUUGCAGCCAUCAAUGAUAUGAAGAAAUCUCCAGAGAUCAUUAGUGGAAGAAUGACAUUUGCCCUUUGUUGUUAUUCUUUGACAUUCAUGAGAUUCGCCUACAAGGAACAGCCUCGGAACUGGCUUCUCUUUGCAUGCCACGCCACGAAAGAAGUAGCCCAGCUCAUCCAGGGUGGACGCCUCAUCAAACACCAGAUGACUAAAAAAGCCUCUGCAUAACAA